CUUGCCCUCGGUUCCCUUUGCUGCCUUCAGCUGCAACUCAAUUCUGGGCGCGCGAAGGAGUCGGCUUGCGUCUCUCCCGCUCCCGCUGCCAUGGUGUCCGGACCGGCGUCGGGGCGCCGCGGCGUCGGAAUGCUUUGGGCGGGCCUGAUCUCCGCCUGGGCGCUGGCCGGGAGCAGCUCCCAGCAGCCCGCAGACGACAGUGUGGUGCAGCUGUCUGGUGGGGUGUUCCAAAUCGGUGCAGGUUUCUUGGACGGUAAAAAAGGAGACGGAGCCUUCAGGAUAGUCAAACCAUUCCUGAUGGACAAAUAUCCAGUCACCAACAAAGACUUCCGGGAGUUUGUGAGAGACCAGAAAUACAAAACAGAAGCUGAGCAAUAUGGGUGGAGCUUUGUCUUUGAGGAUUUUGUUCCCGAAGAACUAAAGAAGAAAGUGACACGGAAACUGGAGUCUGCCCCGUGGUGGCUUCCUAUCGAGAAAGCAUUUUGGAGACAGCCCGCAGGUCCCGGAUCGGGCAUCAAGGAGAGGCUGGACUUCCCGGUGCUGCACGUGAGCUGGAACGAUGCCCGGGCCUUCUGCGCGUGGAGAGGGAAGAGGCUGCCGACCGAGGAGGAGUGGGAGUUUGCUGCCAGGGGGGGCCUGGAGAGCAGGUUGUAUCCUUGGGGGAACAAAUUCCUCGCCAACCGUACAAACCUCUGGCAGGGUGAUUUUCCUGCUGUCGACACAGCCGAAGACGGCUUCCAUGGGGUCUCCCCAGUGGCUGCGUUCCCUCCUCAGAACAACUACGGGUUAUAUGACCUGUUAGGAAAUACCUGGGAAUGGACAGACUCAGAGUAUAGUCCAGAGGGGCCUACCGGGGUCCGCCACCCUGCUCAAGGGAUGCGUGUUCUGCGGGGAGCCUCCUGGAUUGACACGGUGGACGGAUCAGCCAAUCACAAGGCUCAGCUUACAACAAGGAUGGGGAACACUCCAGACUCGGCCUCGGACAACCUGAGCUUCCGGUGUGCUGCCAACCUUGCCGAGCAGCCGCCCCCAGCAACUGGGAGCGAAAAAGCAGAGCUCUGAAGGUGCUUCCUCCCAAAAGGACACAGAUCUUUUCUCCCGUGGAGAGACCGGAUCCCUGCUUUUGUUCUGGGGAGGAGCCUCUAGAAAAAUGAGGUUUAGGAAGGGCUGAAUUGAUGCUGCUGCAAGUUUGAAGCAAAGGCGCCUUCCCCAACCUGGUAUCUUUCACAUGUGGUCGGACCCUAAGGGUCAACCCCCUGCAAUGCAGGAGUUACAGCUCUAUAUCAGAAUCAUAGAGUUGGACUCUGAGGAUCAUCUAGUCCAACCCCCAUGCAAUGUAGGAAUAUGCAGUUGUCCCACGUGGGGAUCGAACCUACAACUUUGGCUUUAUCAGCACUGUGCUGUAACCAACGGAAGGCCACCCAACCUUUCUAUAAAAACCUCCCACCAAGGAGAGUCCACCACCUUCCAAGGGAGCCUGUUCCUCUGUCCAACUGUUCUUACUGUCAGAAAGUUUCUUUGUAAUGUUUUGCUGGAAUCUCCUUUCCUGCCAUUUGAAUCCAUUGUUUCGGGUCUGACCCUCUGGAGCAGCAGGAAAUAAGCUUGCUCGGUCUUCCAUGUGGCAGCCCUUCAGAUAUUGGAAGAGGGGUCUUGUUUCACCUCUCCAGGCUCAACAUGCCCAACAACACCCUCAGCUGUUCCCCGUAAAAGGCUUGGCUUCCAGACCCUUCAUCGUCUGGGUCACCCUUCCCUGCAAAUGUUCCAGGGAGGGUGAUGGGAGUUCGAGUCCAGCCACAUCCAGAGGGUACCAGAUUGUGGGAGGCUGAGCUGCAGAACACUGCAGAAUAAACGGAUUAUAACUUGGAAGCGCA